GUAGACAGAUGUGUCGGGAUCUCAGCGCCUCGGCUAGCGUCACGAUAAGGCAGAUCUUACCAGCUGUCAGCCAUCGAUUCUGAAAAGUUUUACUACUGGUUGCAUCGAUAAAAGCAAAAUUAAAGGGGGAAUCUUGACCAAGUGAGGUUUACAAUUCCGGAAAUAAAUCACGAGUCAAUUUUGCUGAUGAUGGAUAGUGAUAUUAAUUACAAUAUGCUUUCUCAAAGUAACAAUGAAAAUACUACCAAUACUCCUGUACACAAUGACAUUCCUACGCUCACAGUAGCUCUGCCUGUUGUUCAAAACAAUGUACAUGGUCACAAUGGUGCUAUCGGUACAGCUCAAGCAGUCCCUGCUAUAAGAAUGGGAUGUGGUGACACGGAAGAAAUUCCGCCACCCAAACCAGAUUUUUCGGCACCUCCUCCUUAUGAAGUGGCUACAAAAUUACCCAGUUAUGAGGAAGUACAACGAGAAAAGACAUUGCAAGGAGAAACUACUCCACAUUCUCAGCCACAAAUGCGCACGCCUGGCAUCAGACCACAACAACCGUUAACGAUCCUUGCUAUAGACACGGAAGUAACCGAAGGGGAUCCAGAAAGUGGUUUGCUUGGCACAGAUUUUAUGUUUUUUACAGCGUUUCUUGUCGCCUUUUUGUUUAAUUGGAUUGGAUUUCUACUUUUGAUAUGCUUCUGUCAUACCAUUGCAUCUCGAUAUGGUGCACUAUCUGGAUUUGGCCUCUCUUUGACUAAGUGGACUUUAAUUGUCAAACAUUCCACUGACCUAGUUUCUCGUGAGAAUGCAUGGGUUUGGUGGCUAAUUAUGGCAUUUGGAAUUCUUAUUUGCGUACGCGCCGUCAUCCAAUAUCUGAACAUCAAACGUGGAUGGAGAUUACUUUCUGGCAGAGCUCAAGAACGCUUGCUGUUUUUGUACUAAAACGAUAAUGUUGCACCUGUACCCACUUCGCUUUAGAGUAUUUGGCAUUUCUAAUCGGGGUUGUACUUGUACAAUAUAUAAUCAACAACCGCGUGCAAUAUUAUAGUUUACGUAGAAGAGACCAACGAGAAAAUUUAAUAAAUAUGUGGAUAAUACCCUUAAACACUUA